AUGACAGAUGUAUACUACAAAGCUGUUGAGUGGAGAAGAAGGAUAGGAUCCAGCGGAAGAUUAAAAGAUCUGGAUAAGAUUGAUACUUUGUUUCUAAAGGUGAUGUCACUCCAUGAAAACAGUAGCUGUAUGCAAUCCUGCAACGAAAAUCUCCCUUGUAUUAAAGUAAAUAACUGCCGUGGCUGUGGCCAUGAUAUCUAUGACCAAUAUUUCUUAAUGGUGUCCCAGGAUUGUUGGCACAUCCAUUGUUUGAAAUGUUCCGACUGUCAAGUGGAGUUGGAAACUGAACUAACGUGUUUUAUUAAGGAUGCCCUCGUGUUAUGUCGCAUGGAUUAUUACAAGCGUUACGGGAACAAAAGAUGUGCAGCGUGCUCACAGACGAUCGACAGCACGGAGAUGGUGAUGCGUGCCCGAGAUUGCGUUUUUCAUCUCAAUUGUUUUGCGUGCGUGCACUGCAAACGGGUUCUUACUACGGGAGACAGUUUUGGGAUGAAUGGUAAGAAGGUUUUUUGUCAUUUGGAUUUUCAAACACUUGUUGUUCAGAAACAAGUGAGAAGAAAAAAAGAAAACGGCGAAGGAAGAUCGAGAAAACGGAAACACGAAGUCCUUAACUGUGAAGGGUUGGCAUUUCAAGAUGGAUGUCAAGGUUUUGGUCUAGAUAGUCGAACACACUGUAGUACAAAGACAAAACGAGUACGCACUUCGUUCAAGCAACACCAACUACUCAUCAUGAAAACAUACUUUGCUCUUAAUCACAAUCCGGACUCUAAAGAUUUAAAGCAGCUCUCUCUCAAAACUGGGUUAUCGAAACGUGUUUUACAAGUUUGGUUUCAGAACGCUCGGGCUAAAUAUAGACGAAUUUUAACACAGAAUGAUCUUACUGAGGGACAUUUACAUUGUGAAUUAGAACAAUAGUUUAGUUAAAAUCUUUCACUCUCCGUUUAUGUACGGCCAAGUACUAACAAUGGAAACAGGUAUUAUUUAGUUAUUGGAGCUGGCGUUAUGAUUAGACUAACAGGGACUUUUGGUACUCUCGUUUUUAACAUAUUUAUACAUAAUAUCUUAGUUUAGGGUAGGGUUCGUGUCGUGGAGAAUCAAGCAAAAUUUAUAUACUUAUACUAGCUGUAGUGGUAGGACAAUAGAAG